AUGGAUCGGGAGAAUGAGGUUAUCGAGAAUCUGGAGGAAGAAAUGUUUGUAAGAAGCAUAAUUGAUGCAUUGCCUUGUUCUGAUAAACGGCUGUUGGAAAUUAAGAAUGCCCAACAUGAAGACCCGGAAGGACAGGAGCUCUUAAAAUGCAUCCAAGAGAAUACAUGGCGGAAAAAUUCGAUAUUCUGGAAGUAUCGCAAUGAACUCACUUUGGAAGAUGGAUUAAUUGUUAAGGGAAGGAGGAUGUUCAUUCCAAAGGCCUUGAGAAAAGAAAUCUUAUCAAGAUUACAUGAGGGACAUUUGGGUAUAGUGAAAUGUCGGCGGCGUGCUCAAGAAUCUGUUUGGUGGCCAGGCUGUUCAACAGAAAUUAGUACUACAGUGGAAAAUUGUCCAACAUGUAUAGAACACAGACUACAGCGAAAGGAGCCUCUGAUGUCUACACAGCUUCCUCAAGAGCCUUGGACCCAUUUAUGUGCAGAUAUUUUGAAAUGUAACCAAAACUGGUAUUUGGUAAUACAAGAUUAUUUCUCACGAUUUUUAGAGCUCAUCGAACUCAAUACUUUGGCUUCAGCGGCAGUUAUUGGAAGGAUGAAAAACAUUUUUGCACGACACGGGAUCCCUCUAGAAAUUCGUACAGAUGGAGGUACUCAGUUUACUUCUGACGAGUUCAGAGGUUUCGCAAAAGAGUACGGAUUUAGAGCUGUAACUAGUAGUCCACACUUUCCUCAAUCAAAUGGAGAAGCUGAAAACGCUGUAUCUAUAGCCAAGAGGAUUCUACUAAAGUGUCCGGAUCCCAAUCUUGGUCUAUUAGCUUACAGGACCACCAAAUUGGAAUCGGGGUUAUCACCUGCAGAGCUGCUGUAUGGUAGAAAACUAAGAACAACUUUACCUUCUCUCAACGACUUUCAAGUGGUUGGAAAAGAUCAAAUAGAAUCCUUUCGAAACUGCGACAAGAGAAUAAGAGACAGAGUCAAGAAAAACUUUGACAACAGAAGAGGCGUCAAAGAACUUCCACCUUUAGCAGUAGGAGAGAGAGUCUGGGUUAAAGAUAUUAGUGCGAAAGGAACCAUAAGAACAACAACCAAUCUACCUCGAUCCUACAUAGUAUUAUUGAGUAAUACCACCAAUAAGAUAUGA